GCAGCGGCACACACAGCGCGACUGCAGCAAAGCAGCCUUCGCUUCGCUUUCCUCGCAGCGUGACCGACUGACCGCGAAGCCGCCGUGAACCCUCCUCAUCCCCGUCCCCCCUGCUCCGGCUUCGCCGGGCUCCUCUCUCCCACUUGCGCCAACAUUCAAGCCCCGACCCCAAUUCACAUCCGAGGCGCUCGCCCCUUUCCAUCUCCAUCGCCCACGCCCACGCCCGCGCGUCUCGUGUCCACGCCUCGCCGCGACUUCUCCCCCCUAAACCCCGCGAGAGGCCGAGGUACAUGAGAGAGUGAUCGGCCUCGCCUUCGCGCCCACGCUCGCGCCGAGAGUGUGAUGGGCAACACGUGCGGCGUCACGCUUAGAUCCAAGUACUUCGCCAGCUUCCGCGGCAGCGCGUCGCAGCGCCGUGACGCGCCGGGGUACUCACCUGUCGCCACCUCCGCGGCCGCCGAUGAACCCUCGCCGCAUGGGAACGGGAAGCGAGCCACGCGUCCGUCCCAGGCUGCAGCGGCGGCGGACGGGUCAGCCCCGCCCCCCGCCCCAGGCAUGCGGCGCGGGGUGCCGGCCCCCGCGGAGCUCACGGCCAACGUGCUGGGCCACCCGACCCCGAGCCUCCGCGACCACUACGCGCUCGGCCGCAAGCUGGGGCAGGGGCAGUUCGGCACCACCUACCUCUGCACGGACCUCGCCACGGGCGUGGACUACGCCUGCAAGAGUAUAGCCAAGCGGAAGCUCAUCACCAAGGAGGAUGUCGAGGACGUGCGCCGCGAGAUCCAGAUUAUGCACCACCUGGCUGGCCACCGGAACGUCGUCGCCAUCAAGGGCGCGUACGAGGACCAGCUGUACGUCCACAUCGUUAUGGAGUUCUGCGCGGGCGGGGAGCUCUUCGACCGUAUCAUACAGCGGGGGCAUUACAGCGAGCGCAAGGCCGCGGAGCUCACGCGCAUUAUCGUUGGGGUCGUCGAGGCUUGCCACUCGCUCGGGGUAAUGCACAGGGAUCUCAAGCCAGAGAACUUCCUGCUCUCGAACAAGGAUGACGAUAUGUCGCUCAAGGCCAUCGACUUCGGCCUCUCCGUGUUCUUCAAGCCUGGUCAAAUUUUUACCGAUGUUGUGGGAAGCCCUUACUAUGUAGCUCCAGAAGUGCUGCGCAAACGAUAUGGACCAGAAGCUGAUGUGUGGACAGCUGGAGUUAUUCUUUACAUACUUCUAUGUGGUGUACCGCCAUUUUGGGCAGAGACACAGCAAGGAAUUUUCGAUGCUGUUCUGAAAGGUGUAAUUGAUUUUGAUUUGGAUCCCUGGCCUGUGAUCUCUGAGAGUGCGAAGGAUCUUAUAAGGAGAAUGCUGAAUCCUAUCCCAUCAGAGCGCCUAACAGCACAUGAAGUUCUAUGUCAUCCAUGGAUUUGUGACCAUGGAGUUGCUCCUGAUCGUCCUCUUGAUCCAGCUGUCCUGUCACGCAUCAAGCAGUUCUCAGCGAUGAACAAGUUAAAGAAGAUGGCUUUGCAGGUAAUUGCUGAGAGCCUUUCGGAGGAGGAGAUUGCAGGGCUGAAGGAAAUGUUCAUGGCAAUGGAUACAGAUAAUAGCGGUGCAAUUACAUAUGAUGAACUGAAGGAAGGAUUGAGAAAGUAUGGCUCCACAUUAAAGGAUACUGAAAUUCGUGAUCUCAUGGAGGCGGCGGAUAUAGACAACAGUGGGACCAUUGAUUAUAUAGAAUUCAUUGCUGCUACAUUGCACCUCAAUAAACUGGAACGUGAGGAACAUCUAGUUGCAGCAUUUUCGUAUUUUGACAAAGAUGGCAGUGGUUACAUUACUGUGGAUGAGCUUCAACAAGCGUGCAAAGAGCAUAACAUGCCAGCUGCUUUUCUUGAUGAUGUGAUUAAAGAAGCUGACCAGGAUAAUGAUGGGCGCAUUGAUUACGGGGAAUUUGUUGCCAUGAUGACAAAGGGCAAUAUGGGAGUUGGGAGGAGAACGAUGAGAAACAGCUUGAACAUAAGCAUGAGGGAUACGCCUGCUGGUGCCCUCUGAAGUCUGAGCAUCCAAGAAAUUUGUUGCAGUAUGAGAGAACGCCUGGUACGGGCUGCGGAAAGCUUCUUCUAAUCCUUUCCUACACGAAUUCUGCCUACAUUUUUUGGUUGCUAUAUCUGUUGAAGCAUUGUAGGGUUGUUUCAGGAAUUCCGGGUAGGGUAACUCAACUCCUGCUCUUUCCUCGAUGAGAAGUGUGAAUUGUUAUGCGUUAGUUGGAUUGCAAAUGUUCGUAGACGUCGGGCGUGUUUGAUUUUCUUGUGCCCUUGCCUCACCUAACCUAGCUGGGCAAGGGUACCCUCGCCAGCCGAGGCAAGCUGAAGCGGCUCACCUGAUACCUGGCCAAGCAUGGAAAAAUCUUUACGGCACGGGAAACGAGGCAGAUGGUAAAGAAUCCAAUCCAAACACAAACAGGCUGGAUUUUGUCCAGACAGGCGAGGCAAGCGCUUGGCGUCUUGGCGAGGAAACCAAACGUUCCUGUUGCCCUCACUAAUUGCAAGUUUUCAUAUGCAGCUGGGCCAUCACGCCAAAAAAAAAAACUUCUCUACGUGUAAACGUGUAUAUUCGACAUCCUGAUAUAAAUAGGAAUUUCAAGCUGGCUCAAGCAUAUGUCAUACUUAAUCA